AUGAAUUUAUAAUUAUAAGAAAGACAAAGAGUUACUGAUAAUUUGAGUUAAAUAUCUUAAUUAAGUACUCGAGCACCUACAAUAAUAAAUUAAUAAUAGGAAUCUUUGCCAUUUAUUUCAUACACAACAGAGAAUGUUGACAGAUAAUAAAAAUAAUAAGAAGAAAAUGAAAAGAAAUAAAAACUUAUGGCAGAGGCACGUAAAUUGAUGGUACCAACUUAAGAAAGCUAAAUAAAAUCAUAAUUAAGAUAAUUAGGUUAACCAGUAACUUAUUUUGGUGAAAAUGCAGCUGAUAGAAGAUAGCGUCUACGUACAUUAUUAACAGAACAUUUAAUGUAAUAUGGUAGAUUACCAUAAUUUUUUAAAUAAUAGAAUAAUCAUAAUAUGGGUAAUAUAGAGAAUGAAUAUUUUUUGUAUGAAGGAGUAGAAUAAUUAAGAGCAGCUAGAAUCGAAAUAGCAAAAUUAUCACUUCAUAAUGCAGCACUUAGAGUAGAAAAAUAAAGAUUAAGAAGAUUAACAGUAGAUGCUUUAUAAGAAGAUUAAUAAGUGUUAGAAGAAAUGUAAAAAGUAAAUCAUUUUUCAAUUUAAAUGUCUUAAUUUGGAGAUUCAUCAGGAAUAUCUAGAUCAACAAUUAGUCCUGAUUAAAAAUAUUUAGCAACUGCUGGUGGGUCUGGAGAAUGUAAAUUGUGGGAUAUAGAAACAGCAACAUUGAAAUCGAGUUUUUUAGGACAUUUAACUAAAUGUCAUUCGAUUGCAUUUCAUCCAUAAUCACUGUUAACAUUAUCUCCAUAAUCAUUUGCAAAUGUUGCUACUGCUUCAGCUGAUUUAUCUAUUAGAUUAUGGACACUUGAUUUAGAUUAAAUUUAAGUAGAAAAUUUAGGAAUGCUAUAAAAAUCUAUUGUUUUGAAAGGACAUGAAGAUAGAAUAAAUAAAGUAAUAUUUCAUUCAGAUGGUAAAAGAUUAAUUAGUAUGGGUUUUGAUAAAACAUGGAGAUUAUGGGAUAUAGAAACAUAAACUGAAUUAAUGGUAUAAACUGGACAUUCUAGAGCAAUAUAUUCUGGAGCAUUACAUCCUGAUGGUUCAUUAUUAUUUACAGGAGAUUUAGGUGGAUUUGGAAUGGCAUGGGAUUUAAGAAUAGGUAAAGGUAUUUUACCAUUUGUUGGACAUGUUAAAGGAAUUUUAGCUAGUGAUUUCAGUACUAAUGGAUAUCAUAUUGCCACUGGAGGGGAUGAUAAUUUUAUUAGAAUUUGGGAUAUCAGAAGAAGAAAUGUGAUUGAAAAAAUACCUGCACAUAUCAAAUUGGUUAGUGAUCUUAAAUUUUAGCCUAUUUAUAGUAAGUUUUUAAUUAGUUCUUCAUAUGAUGGAAAUAUUAAGUUUUGGAAUUCAAGAGAUUGGAGUCUUCACUCAGUUUAUGAAAUUUCUGAUACAAAAGUAAUUUAUCAUUUUAUUUUUAGCAUACUUCUGUGUGUAUCACCAAUGAUAUAAAAACUUUGAUUUCUACAGGAUUAGACAGAAAAUUUGUAAUUUGGUAAUGA